GUGAGUUUGGAUCCUGGAAUCAUGAGCGGGUGCCCCUUCGCGGGGAACAAUUACCUAUUUAACUUCAACAAGCUGUCUUUGGAAGAUGAAAAAGAUGACAAAUCACAAGAAGGGAUAAAUAAAGCCAGCAAAGGUGGACUUGUCUAUGGAGACUACCUACAACUGAACAAAAUAUUGAAUGCUCAAGAACUUCAGAGUGAGAAGAAAGGAAACAAAAUCCAUGACGAGCAUCUUUUCAUUGUGACGCAUCAAGCUUAUGAACUUUGGUUUAAGCAGAUUCUGUGGGAAAUGGACUCUGUGCGGGUGAUCUUUCAAAAUGGCCACGUAAGAGAUGAGAGGAACAUGCUAAAGGUUAUUACUCGAAUGAACAGAAUUUCAAUGAUUCUGAAAUUACUUGUGGAACAGUUCUCAGUUUUGGAAACUAUGACUGCAUUGGACUUCUUUGAUUUCAGAUACUACCUAAGCCCAGCCUCAGGUUUUCAGAGCCUGCAGUUUCGCUUGCUAGAGAACAAAAUUGGUGUUCCCCAAAGUCUGAGAGUCCCCUAUAAUAGAAGGCAUUAUCGUGAUAACUUCAAGGGACAGGAUUAUGAACUACUGCUUAAAUCAGAGCAAGAACCAACGCUACUGCAACUUGUGGAGGCAUGGCUGGAAAGAACUCCAGGACUCCACGCAGAAGGAUUUGAUUUCUGGGGACAAUUUGAAGUGAAUGUUUUAAAAGGUCUAGAAGAGGAAUUUGCCUUGGUGCAGGCCAAACCAGAAUCAGAAGAAAAAGACGACAACUUAUCUGAAUUCCAAAAACAGAAAGAUGUAUUACUUUCGUUAUUUGAUGAAAAACGCCAUGAACAUCUGCUUAGUAAAGGCGAAAGACGACUGUCUUAUAAAGCACUGAAGGGUGCCUUAAUGAUCUACUUCUACAGGGAGGAGCCUCGUUUUCAGGUUCCCUUUCAGCUUCUUACCUCCCUUAUGGAUAUCGAUGUGCUCAUGACCAAAUGGAGAUAUAACCACGUCUGCAUGGUGCACAGAAUGAUCGGCAGCAAGGCUGGCACUGGAGGCUCAUCAGGCUACCAGUAUUUGCGCUCAACAGUGAGUGACAGAUACAAGGUGUUUGUGGAUUUGUUCAAUCUUUCAACGUUUCUAGUGCCGAGACACUGGAUACCAAAGAUGAACCCAACCAUUCAUAAAUUCCUUUAUAUGGCAGAAUACUGCGACAGCUCCUAUUUUAGCAGCGACGACUCUGACUAGCCUGCCUUUCUAGACUGGUUGCUGUAAAGAACUUCAGGACUUUCACCUUGAGUGGUGCUAUCACUCAAAUGUAACAGCUGUUCUCACGGAGCGUGGGUGUGUAAAUAUGUAUUUAUGUAUGCCAGCUCUGUGAAUAGUAUGAUCGGCUUGUGGAAGAAACUUAAUUGUUUGUAGAAAAAAUAAUCUGUAUCGAGUUAACCUAUAUUAAGACUAAAAUGAUACCCCAAUUCAACUCAACGACCAAGUCUUAGUUGGCUUCUUAAAACCUACACCUAGAGAGGGAGCAAAUUAUACAGAAUUAUCAUGAUCAUGUCUUAUUUGUACAUAUUUUUGUAUUUGUUUGUUUGCCUAAU